CGAAUUUAAUGAAACGAUUAUUCAGUAUUCUUAUGUUGUUGUACAUAGUUACAUCAACAUCAAUAUAAAAGUAAUUAAAUAGAGAAAUAAUGAAAGUAAUUAAGGUGUAAUGGAUUAAUAUGUGAAUCCUGGUGUUUAAUAGUAGAUAGAUGAAUUAACAUAAUCAAAGAUUGGGCAUUUAGUUGUAGAUUUAGCAGAAGUGACAGUGAGAGUUACUGGAGCUGUUGAUUCUCUUACUGAAGGAGUUAAAGCUUUUGGAAGACAAAUUGAAGAAAGAUUAAAAUUGGAAAAUACUUAAUGGGAAGUUGUUGAAAGCGAACAUAAUGCUAAAGUUAUAUCACUAAGUUCAUAAGCAAAUUAAGCUGAAUUUGAUAUCAAUAGAGAAAAGAAAGUUUUGAAUUCUGAAUUAAUACCAAGACUUCAUGAAUUAGAUGAUGUUUUUUAUUAAUAUUUAUUAUUAUAGAUACUUUUAGGACUUAAAGCUAAAUAAACAGACAAUGCUUAAUCAUUUAAAGAAGCUGAAGCUGCCAGAAAUACAUAACAUUAAUCAUUUGUUUUAACAACUACUGAAUUUACAGAUGCACUUAGAAAUAUUGAUGAAGCAUUAGAUUUAUUAACUGAUCUUUUUAAAUCUGGUGAAGUUAGAGCUGCUUUUAUUGAAGUUUCUGAUGAAUAAAAACAUAAAGUUAAUAAAGCAUUGAGAUAAGUAAAAGCAAAUACUGAAAAUUUUGGUCAUUAAUAUUCAUCUUUCAUUUAAGCUUUAACCAAUUUAACUGAGGGUUUCAAUUUCAAAGAUAGAUAAGUAUUAAAGGAAAUGUGUGAUUUCUUAAAUAGUUUAAGAUUGAAUAUUUUUGAUGCUUUAACUAAAGCCUAUAAAGAUGAAGACAGUUAAAAAUAAUAAGAUGAAUUAAGAAGAUAAUAAUUGACAGCUGAAAAAGCAGUCUUUGAUUAACAAUAUGCUGAUUUCUAUUAAGAAAGGGAAGAUAAAACUGUUAGAAUCUCUGAUGUUUAAACUAUGAUUUCUACUAGAGAAACUGAUCUUAAAGCAUAUUAAGAUAGAUUAAGAACUGAAAAUAAUAAUUAUUCAGCCAAUCUUAAAAUACAUGAUGAUAUUGUGGUAUUUAUUAUUGAUCUUAUUCUUUUUUUUAGUCUUCUGUCUAAUAAGAAUUAGCAGUCUUAGCUAAAGCAUUAUAAGUUGUUUAAACACCACCAUUCUUAGAUUUCUUAAAUGGAAGAAUAGCAAAAGCAUGAGUUAAUAAGAAAGAAU